AUGGAAGCAGAUCUUCUGAUGGUUUUCAAGGGUUUACCGUCAAGAAGAUACUCUGGUGCAACGUAUCCAACUGUUCCUGAAAGUUUAUGGUUCUUCUUCUUUGGUCCAUUAACAACAGCAAGACCAAAAUCUGAAAUCUACAUUUUUCAUAAACACGUUGAGCUUCCUGAACCAAAGACUUCCAAGCCUAGCCCACCUCCCACCGGAGAUCGUGUUUUUGUUAGCCCUCUUGCAAGAAAGUUGGCUGAAGACAAUAAUGUGCCUCUUUCAAGCAUCAAAGGCACAUGUCCUGAAGGACGGAUACUGAAGGCAGAUAUCGAGGAUUACUUAGCUUCAGGUGGUAAAGAAGCUACUGCAAAGCAAUCUAAGGUCACUGAUUCUAAGGUUCCAGCUUUGGACUAUGUUGACAUCCCUCAUUCCCAGAUACGAAAGGUCACAGCCUCACGUUUGUCAUUCUCCAAGCAAACUAUCCCUCACUAUUACUUAAACGUUGAUGCAUGUGUCCACAAACUUAUGGGACUAAGGAGUCAACUCAAUUCAUUCCAGGAAGCUUCUGGUGGGAAACGGAUAUCCAUCAAUGAUCUUGUUGUUAAGGCUGCUGCGUUAGCUCUCAAAAAAGUUCCUCAAUGCAAUAGUUCAUGGACUGAUGAUUACAUCCGCCAUGCAGUGCAGACAGAAAAUGGGCUCUAUGUUCCUGUGGUGAAGGACGCAGACAAGAAAGCUCUGUCCAGAAUUGGAAAAGAAGGAGGAACAUUUACAGUGUCGAACUUGGGAGGACCUUUUGGAAUCAAGCAGUUCUGUGCAGUGGUAAAUCCCCCUCAAGCCGCCAUUCUAGCUGUUGGAUCUGCUGAAAAGAAAGUUGUUCCUGGUAACGGUCCAGAUGAAUUCAUCUUUGCUUCUUACAUGCCUGUAACACUGAGCUGUGACCAUCGCGUAGUGGACGGUGCCAUUGGAGCUUAA